AUGGAGGCUCUUCAGCGUCUGGUGCAGUGCAACGAGGACUCUGUGCGGCUGGUUGGAGGUUCUGGUCUCUGCUCUGGAUCACUGCAGAUAUGGGACCAGUCCUGGAUCUCGGUCUGUGAAGGGGCCUUGGACCUGCGGGGAGCAGAAGUGCUGUGCAGGGAGCUGGGCUGCGGGGAUCCUUCUGUCCUCCAGGGGGAGCUCUCUCCUCUGGGGCAGACAUUCCACUGUGAGGGCCAUGAGUCUGCUCUGAUGGACUGUCUCCGCUCCAGACCCAAGACCUGUUCCUCUGGACGCAGUGUGGGCAUCAUUUGCUCAGAGCUGCUCAGGCUGGUGGGAGCGGCCAGUCGCUGUGCUGGGACAGUGGAGCUCAGACACAGAGGAGAGUGGGGACGAGUGUGGAAAGAUGACUGGACCAAGGAGGACUCAGCUGCUCUGUGCAGAGACCUGGACUGUGGAUCUGCGGUUUCUGGACAUCACAGAGAUAUUUUUCCACGCAGUCCUGUGUGGAGGAUCUCAUCUGACUGCACAAAGAGGAAGAUGUCUAAAAUGAGAGAAUGUGUUGUAGACACAUUUCCCAUGUCCUCCCCCAUGAAUGAUAUAGAGGUGAUAUGUUCAGACUUACUGAACCGUCCAGCCCUGUCCCUCUCUGUGACUGUGGGGAUCUCUCAGGUCCAGGUCUCCCAGGUCGGGGUGCAGGUUGUGCGUGUGCAGUUGGGGUCUCAGUUCUUGGUCCAGUGCUCGGUGAAGCCUCAGUUCCCAGGAGGCUCCUUCCAGCUGCUCUCUCCCUCUGGGAACCACACCCUGCCUGCUGUCAAUCACUCUGCACACUUUCUGUUCAAUCACACUGGCCCCGCCCACAAAGGAGACUACACCUGUGUUUACCACCUACAGGUGUUCAACCACAGCUUCACCUCCGAGAGCGAGAGACUGGAGCUGAGGCUGGGAGUUUUAAACUCAGACCUGAUCUUCAGACUCCUGGUUAUUCUACUGAUGACUCUCCUGUACAUCAUGCCAAUGUACUACUGCUACCACAAGACUAAGACCAGAAGUGGCGCUAGAGAGACACCUGAGAACCUGAUCCUGAGGAAUGAGGCGAGGGACCAGAGGAGGGACCAGGAGCGGAGAGAGGAGGUUAUGGACCAGGAGGUGAAGAGUGGAGAGAAGAGGAGAGGGACCAGAAGAGGAGAUGAGAGGGACUAUGAAAGGAGAGGAGAGGGACCAGAGAGGAGAGGAAUAGAGGGACCAGCAAAGGAGGAGAGGGACUAUAGAAGAGAGGAGGAGAGUGACUAG